AUGAAAAGUUUCACCUCAACACGAGGAAGAACUUUUUUUACACUGAAAGUGGCAGCUGCCUGGGGAGGUCGUGGAGUUUCCCUCUCUAGAGACAUUCAAAACCCACCAGGACAUGCCCCUGAGUCACCUGCACCAGCUGACCCUGCCAUGGCAGAUUGUCUCCAGAGGUUCCUCCCAACCCUAAGGACUCUGCGAUUUCCUGAAGGUGUUUCUCCUCACUCCAGAGACCACCUCUACACGGGGCUCACCUGGAGCACACGCACCUGGCGCCUGGACAGCACGAUGAGAAACAAUUACCGACCUUGUUCAGCUCCAGCCUCUUGGACGGCGGAGUGCCAGGAGCAGGUGAACAAGUUCCCCUCCGCUAGUUUCAAGAAAUUCGCCAGCGAGAAGGAUGCCUGGACCUUCGUGCGCGCCGGCCUCCUGGGGCCGCAGCAAUCCGAGCCCGCAGAAACAUUUGGACUUCCAGUUGUAACACAAGAAAGCAGCCAGAGAGAGGAACCAGAAUUAAAUACCGUUUGUUGCAGUACAUGUAAAAGGCCAUAUGAACAGUCUACAAAUGAAGAGCAGAUUGCAAAGCGUGUAAAACAUGAUGAAGUACACUCAGUGUGCCCAGCACUGACAGUCAAAGAAGAUAAGCUUUCAUAUAUGGGUGACUUUGCAGUUGUUUAUACAGAUGGUUGUUGCACUGGUAAUGGACGUAACAGAGCACGUGCUGGAAUAGGUGUCUACUGGGGACCAGGCCACCCUUUAAAUACCAGUGAAAGACUUCCUGGACGGCAGACUAAUCAAAGAGCAGAAAUCCAUGCAGCCUGCAAAGCAAUAGAGCAAGCCAAGAGUCAAAACAUCAAGAAGUUAAUAAUCUACACUGAUAGCAAAUUUACAAUUAAUGGUAUUACGAGCUGGGUUGACAACUGGAAAACAAAUGGUUGGAGAACAAGUUCAGGAGGAAGUGUAAUAAAUAAAGAAGAUUUUGAAAGACUUGAUAAUCUAGCAAAAGACAUAGAAAUUCAGUGGAUGCAUAUUCCUGGUCAUGCUGGCUUCCAAGGAAAUGAAGAAGCUGAUAGACUAGCAAGAGAAGGAGCUCGUAAGCAAAAGUGCUGAUGUUCUGGGACUAGAGGCUUUUGCCUAGUCAGGAAGGAAGGAAGAGGCCUAACAUGACAGCAACAACUUGAACUGCUGUAAUUAUUUUGGAGUUAAACUUCGAGCUGUAUUUCUUUCUGGCCUGGAGCACUAAAUACAAGCCUACUUCUGGGAAAGAAAACCCCACAUUUUCUUCUAUUGCAUUUGUUUUACAAUUGAGACAAUAUUUAGUUGAUGAUACUGAGUAUUUGUUUUUUUCUCCAUCUAUUGGAAGGGUUGUGGUCAGUGAUUUUAGCUGUCCUGUAUACUUAAGAAUUCAUCUUAAAGACAGGCUUCUGAAGAAGUAAUUUUAAAUCAAAGUGUUCUGUAUUUUCCUCUCAGUGAAAUAAAUUAUUUUUCUUUUGUA